AUUCAUUAUACGAACGAACCGAAAAUGAAGUGUCAAAUUUAUGUAGCGAUCGGCCUCCUGGUGCUUAUCGGCACCAACGCGGCCCCAAGUAUAAUCGAUAUCGGUGAAAUCGAGGUGAUUGAUGAUGGUGGUGAAGUGGUUUCCGAACCGUGUUUGCCGAGCACACCGUCCGAUGACGUUACCGAAGGAGCCGGAUCCGGAUCGGGACCUGGACAAGACGAUGCUAAUCCCGGAGAAUCCCCCCAGAAUCCUCAGAGUGGGUCAGGAGGUUCUCCUGAUGCGGGUCAGGAUUCAAAUGCUGACUCACAAUCCCAGAGUAACGGAGCUGAGCAAGCAGAUCAGGAUCAAACCGGUGUCGACCAAGCUCAAGAACAACCCCAAGGUCAGGACAGUGGAUCUGAUCAGGCCGGCAAUGAUGCUGGUCAGUCUUCCGGAUCAGAACAGUCUCAAGAUCAAGCUGGUAAUGCUGAACAAUCACAGGACCAAUCUGGCAAUGCUGAACAAAGUCAAGACCAAUCUGGCAAUGCUGAACAAUCCCAAGACCAAUCUGGCAACGCUGAACAAAGUCAGGAUCAAUCUGGUAAUGCUGAGCAAUCUGGCAAUGCUGAACAAUCUCAAGACCAAUCUGGCAACGCUGAACAAAGUCAGGAUCAAUCUGGUAAUGCUGAGCAAUCUGGCAAUGCUGAACAAUCUCAAGACCAAUCUGGUAAUGCUGAACAAUCUCAGGACCAAUCUGGCAAUGCUGAACAAAGUCAAGACCAAUCUGGCAAUGCUGAACAAUCCCAAGACCAAUCUGGCAACGCUGAACAAAGUCAGGAUCAAUCUGGUAAUGCUGAGCAAUCUGGCAAUGCUGAACAAUCUCAAGACCAAUCUGGCAAUGCUGAACCAAGUCAAGACCAAAACGCUGAACAAUCCCAAGAUCAAUCUGGCAACGCUGAACAAUCCCAAGAUCAAUCUGGCAAUGCUGAACAAUCUCAAGACCAAUCUGGCAACGCUGAACAAAGUCAGGAUCAAUCUGGUAAUGCUGAACAAUCUGGUAAUGCUGAACAAUCUCAAGACCAAUCUGGUAAUGCUGAACAAUCUCAGGACCAAUCUGGCAACGCUGAACAAAGUCAGGAUCAAUCUGGUAAUGCUGAGCAAUCUGGCAAUGCUGAACAAUCUCAAGACCAAUCUGGCAAUGCUGAACCAAGUCAAGACCAAAACGCUGAACAAUCCCAAGAUCAAUCUGGCAACGCUGAACAAUCCCAAGAUCAAUCUGGCAAUGCUGAACAAUCUCAAGACCAAUCUGGCAACGCUGAACAAAGUCAGGAUCAAUCUGGUAAUGCUGAACAAUCUGGCAAUGCUGAACAAUCUCAAGACCAAUCUGGUAAUGCUGAACAAUCUCAGGAUCAAUCUAACAAUGCUGAACCAAGUCAAGACCAAAACGCUGAACAAUCCCAAGAUCAAUCUGGCAAUGCUGAACAAUCCCAAGACCAGUCUGGCAACGCUGAACAAAGUCAAGAUCAAACUGGCAACGCUGAACAAUCUCAGGACCAAUCUGGCAAUGCUGAACAAUCCCAAGAUCAAUCUGGUAAUGCUGAACAAUCUCAGGAUCAAUCUAACAAUGCUGAACCAAGUCAAGACCAAAACGCUGAACAAUCCCAAGAUCAAUCUGGUAAUGCUGAACAAUCCCAAGAUCAAUCUGGCAACGCUGAACAAUCCCAAGAUCAAUCUGGCAAUGCUGAACAAUCUCAAGACCAAUCUGGCAACGCUGAACAAAGUCAGGAUCAAUCUGGUAAUGCUGAACAAUCUGGCAAUGCUGAACAAUCUCAAGACCAAUCUGGUAAUGCUGAACAAUCUCAGGACCAAUCUAACAAUGCUGAACCAAGUCAAGACCAAAACGCUGAACAAUCCCAAGAUCAAUCUGGCAAUGCUGAACAAUCCCAAGAUCAAUCUGGCAACUCUGAACAAUCCCAAAACCAGUCUGGCAACGCUGAACAAAGUCAGGAUCAAUCUGGUAAUGCUGAAAAAUCUGGCAAUGCUGAACAAUCCCAAGAUCAAUCUGGCAACUCUGAACAAUCUCAAGACCAAUCUAACAAUGCUGAACCAAGUCAAGACCAAAACGCUGAACAAUCCCAAGAUCAAUCUGGCAAUGCUGAACAAUCCCAAGAUCAAUCUGGCAACUCUGAACAAUCUCAAGACCAAUCUGGUAAUGCUGAACAAUCCCAAGACCAAUCUGGAAAUGCUGAACAAUCCCAAGAUCAAUCUGGCAACGCUGAACAAAGUCAGGAUCAAUCUAGUAAUGCUGAACAAUCUCAAGACCAAUCUAACAAUGCUGAACCAAGUCAAGACCAAAACGCUGAACAAUCCCAAGACCAAUCUGGAAAUGCUGAACAAUCUCAGGACCAAUCUAGCAAUGCUGAACAAAGUCAAGAUCAAACUGGCAACGCUGAACAAUCUCAGGACCAAUCUGGCAACGCUGAACAAACCCAAGAUCAAUCUGGCAAUGCUGAACAAUCCCAAGACCAAUCUGGCAACGCUGAACAAUCUCAGGACCAAUCUGGCAACGCUGAACCAAGUCAAGACCAAUCUGGCAAAACCGAUCAGUCUCAGGAUCAAUCCUCCAGCUCAGCAGAUCAGUCCCAAAGCCAGAACCAAUCUAGUGGCUCCCAAGAGGAUAACUCACGUCAGUCUCAAGAGGAAAACUCACGUCAAUCGCAAGAAGACAACUCACGCCAAUCAGAGGAAGACAACAAGAAUUCCGAAGAAAACAAAGAAUCCAAAGAGUCCGAAACUCAGGAGGACAACAGUUCUGAGAACAAUGACAGUAACCAGGCCUCUGAGGAGAAAGAGGACGACAGCCAAGAAAAACGUAACAGACGUAACAGGAACAGACACAACAACAGGAACAAUAACAGGAACAAGGACAGAAGAAACAGGAACAGGAGCGAAGAGGACGACGAUAGUAGUGACGACGAUUCAUCAAAUGAAGAUAAACAGAUCUCUAAGGAUGACUUAGAACAAUACAUCCGGGAUAAAAUCAACCAGGUGUGCACGUGGCUGCAAUGUAACGCGUCUUGCAGAUCGGACGGCAAACACGGAGGGUACUGCAAAUACGGUACCAAAUGUACCUGCUAUUAGAUGGUACCGUUGAUAAUCUAGGAACGAAUAUGAAAUUUUAACUUAUUGUUUCUUGUUGUUUUUGUCGUUUACUGUAUUAGAUAGCCAUUUUCAAAUUAGUAGAAAACACGUCGAGUUUGUGAAAUAAAGUAGAAAUGCAAAUAGAA